UCUCCAUAUCCCAUGAAAGAUUUGGGUCUAGCAGGAGGCCUGUACCUCAAGAAAAGAUGCUUCCCUCUUAUCUGUACUGACAGCAGCAGAGUGAACAAUUUCACCAUUUGGAGCUGAGAAGAGAAAAAUACAAAGGACUGCCAAUCUUCAUUCCGAUAACUUGCGUGCAUGUUCAACCAUUACAACUCCUGUAGCCUGGUGAGAACCUCCACAAGUUUCUGCUAUGGAUUUUUCACACUUUCUCUGCUGAAGGACCAGGACCUGGAAAACCACUCAUGUCGGCACUGUGACUGUUGAGCAAGAAGCAAAGGCGUUGCAAGUGCCUGCACACAUCUUAAAAUCCCAGAAAAAGGCCUUCGAGGCUUUCCUUCAGCAAGAAAUCUAUUCAGGAGGACAGCUUGUUUCAUUUCCUUCCUUUCCCGAGGAGAAAGAUGAGCUGGGCAUUCCUCCGUGACCUGCUGAGUGGAGUGAAUAAAUAUUCAACGGGAAUUGGAAGAAUCUGGGUAGCAGUUGUGUUCAUAUUCCGCUUGCUGGUUUAUGUUGCGGCUGCCGAAAACAUCUGGAAGUACGAACACGAUGAAUUUGAAUGCAACAUCAAGCAGCCUGGCUGUGAAAAUGUUUGCUUUGACCAUUUUUUCCCUGUCUCUCACAUCAGGCUCUGGGCUUUGCAGUUAAUCCUGGUCUCCACCCCUUCGCUCUUGGUUGUUUUCCAUGUUGCUUAUCGAGAGAACAGAGAAAAAAAGCACAACCAGAAACUUUACAAAAGUCCAGGUGAGAUAGACGGUGGAUUGCUGUGCACUUAUCUCAUCAGUCUUGUUUUAAAAACAGGAUUUGAAAUCGUUUUUCUCAUUCUGUUUUAUAAAUUGUACAACGGAUUCAAAAUACCACAUCUUGUCAAAUGCGACGUGAGACCGUGUCCUAAUACUGUUGACUGCUAUAUUUCCAAGCCAACUGAGAAGAUGAUUUUCCUCUAUUUUCUGGUGGCAACUUCAUGUCUGUGCAUUGUAUUAAAUUUAAGUGAACUGAGUUACCUCAUUUGCAAAUACUCCGUGAAAUGCUAUCUGAAGAAGUACACCAAGAAACAUCGAGGCUCAGCAAGCGAUUGCCACAAAUCGGGAACCAUCGGUCACAGGAGAGCAGCAGCUGCAGGACCAGUCCACGACAGCCCCCCGUCCUUGCCUCUGAAUGCACAAGAUGGAGAUGAAAAAAUCUCCCCACUGACUUGAAAUGUUGGACAAUGCCUUCCUGUUACACCUGCUGUAUCUCGUGAAUUGUUCUGUUCCAAUCGGUGCUUCACAGAAGUGAAAGGAGUUAUCUAGGAAGUAUUUUUCCACUGUUAGUUCCCUCCCUCCAUUAUGUGAGCAAAUAAAUUCACUUGCAUUAUGUAUGUCAUGCAUAGAAUUAUCUAGAUCUGUUCAUGUCGAAACAAAAGGUGAAGAGGCCUGAAAAUUCCAUGGAGUUUUAAUAUGUACACAAACGUUUAUGAUAAAUCAUACUGCAACAAUUGC